AUGGUUGAAGGCUUUGGUAUUGAAGACUUCCCGUAUGCUUUUGUCUGGAAUAAAUCAGUUCCCCCGAAGGUCAACUUUCUGGUUUGGUGCAUAUUACAUGAGAAGCUUAAUACCAUUGAUAACUUGCAUAUCAGAGGUGUUGAUAUCUACAAUUCCUGCAUCCUCUGUGGUGAUGACACGGAAUCGCAUGAUCAUGUUUUCCUACAUUGCAAAGUAGCUCAUAAGAUAUGGUCCAUGAUUUUUCCUACCUCUUGUUGGUCUUGGGUUGUUCCGGGUAAUAUGAAGAUGCUUGCUUGUAAUUGGCAACAUAAGCACUUUUCAGCCUCUGGCAAUUUUAUCUGGAGUCUAAUUCCAGCUGCAGUGGUCUAUACGAUCUGGUUGGAGAGGAACAAACGUAUUUUUGAGCCAAACCAUACUUUCAAGACUGAAGCUGACUUGGGAAUGGAAGUGAGAAGCUCAAUUUUAGCUUGGGCUGAUGCGGCAAAUAGAAGUGUUCAUAUAAACCAUGCCAGCACAGUCCUGAAUACUUCGGAUGCCAUUUUUAUUUGA